AUGCGAUUAGGAAUUAUAAUCGAUAAUUGUUUUGUCGCCUUCUAUGGAAUACCAAUUGUCUUCGCGCAUAUUUCCCUAGAAAACUUAAAACGGUUACGAACAAAAAACUGUCGACCGGAUGUGAACGUCCACGGUACAUUAGAUUUUUUACGAAAUGGCCAUUUUGAAAAUUCAAUAGGUAAAAAGGUUUUCGCGCGCGCGCGCGUGUGUUCGGGGAACGGAGACAAAUCAACAAGGUCCUCCUCGACGGGAGACGGAUUUUUGAGAAAAACGUAACGUCGACGACACCGCCAGGAAUAUGCGCCGGACGCGGCGGAGACGCGCUGUACGAGGACGCGUUUCUACGCGCGCGGCGCUCUGCGCGAUUCUCGACAGCGCGGAUAACGCGAGACGCGCGUCAAAACGCGUUACGGCCGUCAACGAUUCCGGACGUUUUCCCGCGAGGUCCCCGUGAAACGCGACGACGUUGUCUACGCGCGCAAAGACGAAAACGCUACAACAAGAACCGCCUCGCGCGUCUCGAACCGAAUACGCGCGACAACACACACACACACACACGUACCGUUUGUACGGAACGCACACUCGCGCGUAUGCGUGCGCGGUGCGCGCGCGUUUGUGCGCGUACGCCACCACCGGCGGAAUAGACCGGCGGCGUGCCGGCGGCGAGACGCUAGAGAAAAGGGGUCGGAAAAAAUAGAGGUCCGUAGGCGCUCUCUGACGGGUCUGAUCGGCGGCGGCGGCGGCGGCGGCUGACACCCCUUCACGCGGCGUUCGAACGGCGCGCGGCGGUGGUAGUAGUCCUGCUCAUUAUACCGAAGCGAAAACACGCUGCGGUGCAAUCUCCGCCGACGCCGGUACGCGAAAAGUACACGCCGUCGCCAACGACGUAAGUGUUAUCGCAUUCAAAUAGGACCCCCCGCACGUGUGCGUUUCAGUGUGCGUUUCGUGCGCGCGUGUCGCCCGCGAAAUUUUUCGUCAACAUUUUUUUUUUUUUCUUUCCGUUUUCGAUAUUUUCGUUAUUUUCGUUAGUCACUUUGUUUUAAAUUUCUUUCUUUUUUUUUUUUUUUCUGCAAACGAUUCUACACGGUCUCCUCCGCGCCCGCAUUGUCGACUCCGUCGUUUGACCGCACGCCGUUCCGUUUUCGCGGAGCACAUAUCGGUUUUUCGGCCGUCGUUUUUUUCCCCGCGAUUUUCGACCGCAGUCGGGUUCGAUUUGUCAUAAACGGACUCGAGUCGAGCAUGUUGUAGACGGUUAGCCACGGAAGUCACGACAACGUUCAAAGGGUCGUCGGAACGGUUCGCCGCCGGUGCCGCCAGCGGUCCUCUAAACGCCAUCGGCCCGUUGUCGCCACCUCACUACACUGCCGCCGCCGUCGUUCCCAGGAAAGAUUCGGUGGUCGGUUAUCGUCACGACCGCGGUCUACAGCACGUGAUCGCCGCCGCAGCCGCAGCAGCAGCCGCCGCAGCCGGUUGCGAUAAUAGCGACGACGCCGGAAUAGCCGCCGCUGCCGCCGCAGCCACAGCCGCCGCAGCCGCAGCCGCAGCCGCCGCCACCGCGUCCGUCGACUGCGACUUCGCGUUACAGUUGCACCAGCAGACGCCGUCGCUACAGCUGCCGCAGUUCUGCUCUUGUUACGACCCGGCGUUUCCGGCCGAACACUACCACCAUCAGCACCAGCUCCAGCACCAACACCACCUUCAACUCCAGCAGCGGCCGAUACGUCCGGCAGGACCCGUACGGCUGCGUCGUAACUCCAGACUGGCCGUCAGGACGUUACCGUAUCCGCUGCCGCAGCCGCCGUCGACGCAGCAACAGCUCACGUCGAUCGCAGCCACGGCCCGACACCAACACCAACACCAUCACCACCAUCUGCACCAGUUGCAGGCGGACGGCCUCAGUUGCCACUGCAGUCGCGUCGCCAACGCCGCCGCGGCCCUAACGCUAGCUGCCAAUCAGCAUCACCAGCACCAGCAGCAGUUGACGCAACAACAGAUGCUAUUCGUGCCGUUCUCGAUGCCCGCCAACUACGGCAAUCACAUGGCGUUCCCCGCACCAUCGUCGGCCGGCGCCGGCGGCGGGUCCACGGCUGCGGCGGCGGCCGCGGCCGCCGCCGCUGCCGCCAUGGCCACGCUGUCCAACGGAGGGAAUCCAAACUUGGUCAGCCCUUCGGCCACCGCCGCCAUCGUUAACGGAAACGCUGCAGCCGGUCUCAAGGUAAGCCUUUGUUUUUUUUUUUUUAUUCAUUCUACUAAACCUUUAUGA